GCUUUUUAUUUUUCUACCCGGGAAAUAAAGGAAGGAAUUAAGACAGAACAGCCGCCCCGCGCGCCAUGGCCGAGAUGGAGAAAGAGGGAAGACCUCCAGAAAGCAAACGGAGCAGGAAACCGGCUCACCCCGUCAAGAGGGAGAUCAACGCCGAGAUGAAGGUCCCGGCUGAGAUGCCCCUCCCCAGGGCGGGGCAGGGGGGCGGUCUCCGUGGCAACCCGCCCGACGUAAUGAGUUUUGCUGAAAACACGAUGAACGAGCUGCUGGGCUGGUACGGUUACGACAAGGUGGAGUUACGAGACUCCGACGACAUCGAGAUACGCAACUAUCCCGACGGAGAACUCCGGCAGCACAUCUCAGUGCUGAAAGAAAACUCUCUGCCAAAAGCGUCCACGGCCGAAAACAGCGGUUCUCCGCCUCACGCCAACAGCUCCAACUCCACCCCCACCCCACGGAACGGCGUCAUCGCAGAAACGGCCGGUAACCCCUCCUCCUCUUCCUCCUCUUCGACAACAGUUGCCAAGGAGCAAGGGGGCCUGCCAAUCAUCGUGCCCCUGAUCCCGCCCCCUCUUAUCAAACCACCAGCAGAGGAGGAUCUGUCUAACGUUCAGAUCAUGUGUGCGUGGUGUCAGAAGGUUGGAGUGAAGCGUUAUUCUCUCAGCAUGGGCUCAGAGCUGAAGAGCUUCUGCAGUGAGAAAUGUUUCGCGGCGUGCCGCCGCGCGUACUUCAAACGCAACAAGCUGGGAUAUGUAAGGAAUUGCAAUGCCAGAGAGGAGGAGGCCUCCACGCAGCACAGCUUGUCCAAAGACACGCCCAGACUUGUCCUCAAGACAAACAGCGAUGCGCUUGUGUGUGACUGGUGUAAGCACAUCCGCCACACUAAAGAGUACCUGGACUUUGGUUCGGGUGAGAGACGCCUGCAGUUUUGCAGUGCAAAGUGUCUGAACCAGUAUAAAAUGGACAUCUUCUAUAAAGAGACCCAGGCAGCCCUGCCAGCUGGUCUGUGUAACCCUGUUCAUCCGGCUGGGGAAGGGAAGUCGGAGGGAAGCCCAGGAGUUCAGCUUCUCACCCCUGAGUCCUGGAGUGCUCCUCUGAGUGAACUCCGUGCUCGCAAGGCCCCUUCACCAGGGUGUGCCACCUCUGGAGCUGGACACUCGGGUUCAGCAUCAGGUUCUCCUUCUGAGCCUGGAACCAUGUGUUCGUCUUCGUCCUCCUCAUCGUCUGCAAAAAUCUCCACGCCAAGGCCACAUGAAAGUCCGACGUUACCGCCUCCCCCUCCACCGCCCCCUGCGCCCGGACUCCACCCACAACUUGGGGUGCCACCAGGCAGCCCUCCCAUGGUGAUGACACCCCGUGGUCCAGUGCCACUUCCCUUCUUUAUGGAGCACCAAAUGAUGCAGCAAAUACGUCCUCCAUUCCUUCGGCCACCUGGCCCCAACAGCCCACUCCCAAAUCCCAUGAUUCCUGGCAUUGGCCCACCGCCUCUUCCUCCUCGGACCCUGGGUCCCCCAUCAAGCCCCAUGCACCGACCCCUUCUCUCACCUCACAUGCACCCUUCCUCCACCCCUACCCUGCCAGGCAACCCACCUGGUAUGAUGCCCCCUCACCCGGCUGCUCAUAUGCCUGGGCUGCCUUUUCCUCCAGUUAACAUUAUGCCAACUGGGCCCAUUCCAGUGCCACCCAUGAUGAACUUUGGCAUGCCAUCACUUGCACCUCUGGUGCCACCUCCCAUGCUUUUAGUGCCGUAUCCUGUAAUUGUGCCCUUACCGGUGCCAAUACCCAUCCCUGUUCCUAUCCCAGUCAGUCCAAAGGCAUCAGGUGACCGUCCAGGGAAUGAUGGGAUGCUUCCAGAGGUUUCUGGUGACCGCAGCAACUCGCAGGACUUUCCUUUCUCCCCUGAUUCGUCCAGAGGAGGAGAGGGUGGAGUUCAUGAGCAGGGCCCCUCAAACUCGGAUAUGCUUUCACCAGGAGUGUCUGGCCAGACAGAACGGGGUAGGAGGAGCAUGGUGGAUCUCUCUGUUAAAAUGGAAAGCCCCGGAAGUGGAAGCUCCAGUUUGUCAAAUUCAGGAUCUCCUACAGAAACACCAGCAAAUGGAAUAAUUGAUUUAACAACAAAUCGUCGCUCAAGGCAACAGCUGGUCAUCCAGAGGGCAGUGCCAUGUGUGCAAAUAAAGCCAGAGCCUGAUUUGACUCCACUAACUGGGCAAGCUGUCUCACGAUUGAGUGAUUGUGAAGCAAAUGGGAGGGACAGCACAGGGCCAAUAGAGGACUUGCAAAGAGACAGAGAUAGUGAGGCUAAAAGCCCACUGGACAAUGUUGAGCUGCCGUGUGCUGACCCUUCCUUCUGCAGUGCCACACCCCCACUAUCUCAACCAAUUACAUGCGCCCUUUCUGCCCCCACAGCCAGCAUCUCCACAACGAAAACAGAGCCAGGAACCGCCACGCCUUGUAAUGUGAUUGUCAAUGGGAGCUGCAGUAUGCAGCCACUAGAGCCCUCAGUCCGGACCUCACCUCUGGAACAGCGCCCCUCUGUGGAACCAUGCCGCAGGACAACCACGCUUUGUGACGAGCCUUCCGAGGGAGAGGACCUGAAGGAAAAUAGCUGCACAGCAAUUGAGAGGGACACAGCAGGUAAGAGAGCAUUGUCAGAGCAGGCCAGUGCUCCUGGGGGUACUGGAGACGAGAAGUCCCAAGAGGCAGAGGAUGCAGCGUCUGGAGCAGAUCAUGCCUACGCUUUGCCACUUAUGCCCAAGCCAGGCUGUGUCAUUCAGCCUGUGCCCAAACCAACAGAGAAGACAACGGGCAUUCUGCCAUGUGGCCUGACUGCACCAUUGGCAGCAGCAGGGGCAGCAGAGCUGGAGCCCCCGCUAAAGAGGAGGUGCCUGCGCAUUCGCAAUCAGAACAAGUGAAGAGUGAGAGAGUUUGCAGAUGCUUACAUCUCACCAAAGGGACAAGCAGCACAGCACUGCAGCAGAGACCAUCAGUCCUUCUACAGCUCCACCAUCAACACACAAAUACUCAUCCCUUCACCCUAUAACCUUCUCCACUCCAAGUCUUGGAUGGACAAACAACUGGAAUAACCCCAUGAAUCCUUCCAAGAAUCUGAGUCCUUGAAUUUUGCUCCAUUUCUGUCUCUUUGUCAGUCUUUUCACUGGUUGUCAGUCCAAGUCACUUUCAGCUAAGAUUGAAUCUUUACAUCUGUGCUGAGGAGUCUCCCCCUACAGGACUGGUGAGGCGCUGCAGUGCUGAGGACUGUAAUGUACAUAAAUAGCUCCGAGAGAGCCAAAAAAUGUGGGUCUCAAGCCAAACAGCAAUCAUGAAGAGGUCCACUGGACUUGCCAAUCAAACAUGCCCACAAAUGACUGACAGGACUGGCUCCUGAACAGGCCCCCGAGGGUGGGCCUUAAACACGUUGCCCAAUCAAAAAAAAAAAAAAAAAAAAAGCCCUGUGGCCUGCCACUCAGAUGUGCCCAUUAACGAUAAACAGGACAAGUUUGUUUUUGUGUGUGUCAGUGUUCAGACAAAUCUAGUUAUGUCCGUAUGAAGUGAGAGAGAGUUGGAGGUCUAAACUGUUGGCACCUCCACCAGCGUUCUCAGGCAGAAGCGAACCGAAGAUCCACAGAGUGCCAAGAAAGUAAUGGAAACAAGAAAGGUCACUGUGGUCAGGUCUCUCCAUCUUUAUCACUUUGCCUGUUCUCCAUUUGUUCUCCAUGUUCUUGUCUUUUCUUUGGCACCACCAGCAAGAUGCACAGAAAUCCUUCUUUGUGCCCUUUUGUCUUUUCUGGCCACAGAAAAUACAGGAAAAACGUAAAACUAUUUCUUUUAGAGAGUCUGAAACAAUCAAAAAAGGAACACAAGGAAUAGGGAUGAACCUGGGACGAGUGAAGGGGGAACUGGGGACUUUCUGCAGGAAAACAACGGACAAGACAAAAGAAUGAAGAUUGUGGUACUAAUGGAGAGCAGUAUUUACGGACUGUUUGCUGGCACCCCAGCAAUGUUGGUGGUGUCCGAAUGGACGGAUGUGCAAUGGAACAUUCACUCCCUCUCACCUACUCAAGGACGACAGGGUAGAGACACUGCUUGACCUUAACCAGGACUGUCAAAUGGUCGCUAUUGGCUAGUAGGAACGCCUGGUUCUUCCUCCAACCUGAACCCAGAGAUCUGAAUGAUGAAUGCACUUGUCAAUCACUGGUACACAGUAUACGCAUGCAAUUACACUUUGUACAACGACAUGAAGCUGUACAAAGUGAAUAAAAUACAUGACAUUUGUUGUGUUAGCCAAACUAAGAAUGAAAGCAUAGGCCUCUCUUUGAAAUUUGAUACUUAUUCAGUUAAAUCAGUCUUUCAAUUAGUAUGUCAUUUGGUUACGUGGUGGCUUUAUAAACCUUGCCUUUUCUUAUAGGUUCUUAAGCACUAGGGGCAUUUCUAAACAUUUGGGAGUCCUAAGUGGCAACCUACCACCACCCAUCGCAAUCAAAUUCUUUCAUAUGUAAGAAUAGAAGAAAAAUUACAACAUUUAACUUUGAUCACAAAUCUUUUUUCUACUUCAGCAUAUCACAUUUGUGGAUUAGACAUGGUUCCGUUACUACAUCUGUAUGCAACUGUGGUUCUAACAGGGGCAGAAAAGAUGCAGUUAGACCGCAAUCACUGUUUAGACUUAAAGGAAAAGAUCAGAUACCUUCUCGGAUCAGAUUUGACUUCUUGUCUAAACGAAACCUGAGCCAGCUAUGAAAAGCUGAAAGCUCGUUACCGAAAGGGAGCGACUUUGGGGUUUGAAGAGUCAAAACAACAUGACACAGACACGCAGUAGAGGAACAAACCAGAAAUGUUCAAAUUUAAACACACAACAUAUCGGUCUCCAGCUAGCUCCUUAGGAGAGAGUUGGGGGAGUGUAACUUGAAGCCUGAUGUGUGUGAGACUGAGGGUGUCUUGCCAAAAAACCUGAAGCAUUUUCCCCAAUUCAUUAGAAAAGAAAAACACGAGUGUCAAAAAAGGGUACACAGAAAGGUGUGAGAACUUGCUGGGGAAAUUGUAAAAGUUGUCGGCGUGUCAGAAAGCGACAGGGUGGUUCCCUUACGGCUGUUUUCCUCAGCCGGUCAGCCAGACUUUCUGUCCCUUGUGUUUGAAAAGUCUCCGUCUCAGAUUCAUCCAAGUGCUUGAUUUCCUGAAAACUGAAAAUGGCUCUGGUGUUUUCGUUCCAGAUGGCUUUUCUCCCCCCUUCUGCUUCUCUCUUUUUGCAGCUCGAUAUAUUCUCCUCUGAUUUCCAUGUUUGGCUCAGUCUGUCUAGCUGUCGCUGACCGAAAUCUCCCCUCACUUUUUACCUCCCCCUUAUCUUUUUUUCUUUAACUUUCUCCCUCCGACAUCAUGAGAAAAUUUGUGUAACCUCCCCCUUAUUCUCCUUAUUUAUUCAGUCUGUCCGUCAGACGUAUAGGGACACUUUGCCUUGCUAUGCAACAUUUGAUUUUUGCUCUGUGCAAAUUCUUUGGUUAUAUUUAGCUAUAACAAAUUUGAUCCCUGGCCAAGAGUCCAAAAGAAUGGGUAGCCCCGAGUCCAAGAGAGCUAAAUUGUCCUCGCUCUCUCUGGGUGGAUGGUUCUCCCUUUCCUCCAAUCACUCAGUGCGAUACUACCCAACACAGGCAUCUGUUAUCUGACGCAAUAGAAUUAGCAGUUAGUGUUCUCCUCCAAGUGUGUUGAGCUGUCCAAUGAUGUUGCGUUAGCAGCAGUUUGAGAAGAUGCAGUGGAGCUCGUCCUAGACUUCACCCUCCCAGCUCAGUAGCAUUGUUGCAGUUGCAGUUUAAUGGCAAGACUGUAGCUUGGCGUCCCCAAACUUCUGAUGGGCAGUGUGAUUCUGCUGCUCAUUUUUCCUUUUUUUUUUUUUAAAUCAGCCCACGCUCCUCUGCACACGCAGAUCAUUUUCAGGCUGGCCUCACAGACGGUCAGCUUAUAUUCCUCUUUCACAUUCAUUCUGAUGGAGCUGACAGAGCCUGCUGACCCACUGUCUAGCCAAAAGAGGACAUGCUGAGAAAGUGACCGCCAAGAGUAACACAUACAUAUACACAUUUGUUACUAAUAUAAUCUCAGCAGUCUCAGACUUUCUCUAAGUUACUCUUGUGGGGCCAGAAAUGAACAUCCAGGGAGAACUAUGAGACAUUUUGGGCUUAAUGUGGGCAGGAACCUCAUGAAGGCAGAGCUCACAGUAGGCGGCGAUGGUGCCCUCAUUAAAAGUUGUCGUGGCUGAAAAGGCCUCCAAAAAAUCCAAAUGAAGCUUGUUGAUGUGAGUCUCGUGUGUAGAGAACAUGUUACAUACAGUAAAAGUAAACAUUGCCUAGCAGAUCUGUUAGCUAACAACAGCAUGUUGGCUAGCUACCUUGUUUCAUGUUGUUUUGAUUGUGUUGUUGAUUGGACAAGACUAGAGGAGUUUGUUGGUGGGACUUGGAGGUGCGUUCCCUGGAUUUCGACUCGAUUUAGCACAACAUUUUAACAAAUUGUCCCCAGAUGUGUUUUCUCAUUAUGAGACUUUGUUUUAGUUGACCGUAAGAUUCGGUAUUGGAAAAAAAUCCAAUUUACAAAGUUUUGCAUUUACACCAGAUGCAACAGAUCAGCCAAGACAUAGUUGGUGUCCAAAUUUAAUUUAACUCUGGAGCUGCAAGGCUAAAAGACUAGAAGUCAGUAGUCACCCAAACCUUUUCCGUAAAUAUAUCCCUGAAACUUUUCUCAACCCACUGAAACAGCAUCUCGGUUUAGGUAACAGAUGGACUACAGUCUGUAAGUGUACACCUACAUAGUGGAGCUAUACUAUAGGUGUUUCUACUAAAGUGGCCAGUGAGUGGAAGCGCAAGGUAGGUGUUUCUAAUAAAGUGGCCAGUGAGUGGAAGCACAAAGUGGGUGUUUCUAAUAAACUGGCCAGCGAGUGAAAGCACAAGGCGGGUGUUUCUAAUGAAGUGGCCAGCGAUUGGAAUUUCAAGCUGUGUGUUUCCGAUAAAGUGGCCACUUCAGCCACUUUAGACAACAGGUGUGCUGAAGCCGACUGCCCUUCGCAUAGACCUUUAUCAAACAGUCUUAUGGACGUUAGGUUAUGUUUUUAGUUGAAACAAUCAGUUUUUACAAAAAGAAAUCCUGAACAUAAUGGAAGAUAAGUGUUCAGAAGUAACUACGUCCUAAACCACAAGUCUCUGCGACCUUAAUGACUGCCUGGAUGCGGGUUGAGAACAGUUUUGAGGAUGUAUUUACGGAAAAGAUUUGGGUGACUAUUGACUUCUUGUGUUUUUAGCAGUGUUAGACUGAAGAAGCAAAGUUUAGACACCAAACAAGUCUUGCCUGAUCGACUACAUUUGGGAAAAGUGGGAAAAUACACACAGCUUCCCCCAGAGAGCAUUCAGAAAUUUAACCUGAAGGGUAUCUUAAGCUUCCUUUAAGCUUCCUUUAAGCUUCCUUUAAGCUUCUAAGCAUCACGUUCAUUCAAUCAGCCAGUUUCCUCUCUCCAGUGACGCACGCACCCAAACACUUCAGCAGCUCUCAGAUAACACUGAAGGCUCCGAGAACCUGAAGUAUCAUUAUUAUGACCCACUGUAUGCAAGUGACCUUGCCUUUGUAACUGGAGUUGAGCAGACUGGGCCGGACAGAUAUAGCGCUGAAACCCAACACUGUUGUAGUGUCUGCGGUUCCAUACAGACAAGACAGUGACACCAGCAUAAAAUGUGUAUGUGUGUGUGUGUUUCAUGGCAGACGAUGCUGUCCUUGAUCCUACAAUACGUUUGGCGUUGAGGAAAGAUUUGUAGGCCACAGAAAAAACUACCAACAGUCAAAACCUGGCCAAAAGUGCGUUACAUAAGGAGCUGUUCUUCAGUUCAAGGUUCUUCAGAAGAGGUUAUAACACUCUUAAAAUCAGCUUAAAGGGCCCAUAUCUUACAUCUGUCUUCGUUUCUAUUUGUUUUAGGGAUGCAUAAUGAUAUCGGAAUCAUAUCUGUGUACUGCUCGAAAACCGUAAUUGUCCUGACCUUUUUGCGUGAUUUUUAACGUAGUCUGUAAACAUUGUUCAGUUUUCAGACAAACCGUUCAGUCCACCCAGUCCAUGUAUGUAAUAUAGGCUGCGAACACUGCAUUCAGAAUUCAGUUUUUGUGAUGUCACAAAAACCAGCACACUUGCAAACACUCAUUCAGCCUAUAACCGUGUAGCCCCGCCCACUCACACUGAAGUUAUAUGGAGUGUUAUAUGACGCAGGCCUGCUUUUUGAACAAUGCACAAUACAGGGCAGCCGAUCAGAACAGAGGCAACUUGCGUAACGUCAGUCUUAAAGGAACAGUAACGAAAACAGCUGGUGUAAUUCUAAGGGAUAAAGAGAGGAAUUAAUUCAAAAUGCUGUUUUUAUGAGGAGCCUGGCCAUUUCCUAUUUCCCCUAUUAUAUCAAAAAUAGGACUGCAAAAUGCCAGAGGGCGCCCGCGAGCGAGUCCUGAAUGAAUAGGGGUGAAAGGAGCUCAGCGGCUAAAAACAAAAAGUAAAAUAGUCUCUAAUCACUCGCCCAGAACUUUCCUUUAAUUUUAGAAAGUAGAAGAAUAAAUUUCACUAAAAAAAGCAAAAAAUAUCUUCCCUAUAUAUUUUUUUCUACAGCAAAUGGGUUUUGGGCAGCAGGACGUGGGCAUUACAGCUGUGGUGCUGUUUUAAACUCCUAUAACUCGAGUUUAAAAGCUCUUAAAAUAUAACAGCUGUGUUAAAAUGUUUUACGCUGAUCAGGGAAUUAUUGCAUUCUUUUACAUUAAAAAUGUUGAAGCAUUUAUAAACUGUGAUUUUGCUCAAAUGCUCCAUAUCAACCCAUUCAUUUCGGACUCGCUCGGGAGCGCCCCCUAGCGUUUGAGAAACCCGGAAGACAUUACACAGUGGGAAUUCUCCUACUAGUUCUCUGUGUUAAACCCUGUUAUUAAAUAAAGUCUCAUUUUCUGAGAUAUGUGCCCUUUAAUGCUAGAAGCAAACACUUUUAGUUCUCUAACAGAACUUUCACUGGAUAGAAUCAUUUUUGCAUUUAAAAUGAGUUUGUCUUGGGUUUUCAUGAGACACACGAGGGAAAUGGAAAUGUACCUGAGAAUCUACUGUAGUUGAUUUUUUGGCUGUUUUGCUUCUGAAACGUAUAUUUUGAAGGUCCAGCAACAGCCAGUGAGCGCACCUGGGCUCUGUUUCCCUCAGCACCAGUUUUCCAUGUUCCAAAUGUCUUGAUGAAAUUGCUCAUCAUGCUCAGCACUGAAGGAAAUCUAGAUGGGAAUCCAGAAAAUGUGUUUUAAUGACAUAUGACACCCCAUAACUCGGUACCAGGUCAGAAGAUCACACACAAUUUCAAUGUACUUUUCCCUAAAAAGUUCCUUGUAAUUACAGCAGUGCGUCUCUAAUUUGAGGACCUACUUCUUCAGGUGUUCUUCAGUAGAGACAGUGAUUCUACACAGAAUCAUUAACUAUCAAAUAACUAUUUGCAUGACUAAAGGGUUCUUUACUUGGUUCUUCAGAAUGAUGGAGAAUGUGUUCUAAAUGGUUCUACAUAGAACCUUUUUAAAGAAGGUUCUACAUAACAGCAAAAAUUGUUCUUUUAUCGUUACAAGCUUGAAAUUAUAUAGAAAGAACCCUUUUUGGUGCUAUGUAAAUACAUGUAUGUGCUGCUGUUGGAACAAAAACUUGUAUCUCCAAAAUGGUAACUUUACAGGAGAAGGAAAAAACCUACUUUGCUUUUAAUGUAAGUCAAUGGAACCAGAAUUUUUGCCACGUAAAUUUUGGCUGUUUCUUUUGAUCCAUUCAUCCUAAAAUUUACACGCGAUAUAAAGGGCAGCAGGCAUUUUCAAACGGUGCCAAAAACUGAAAAAUGCCCACACAAUGUUUCUCCAACAGCAGUGAUAGGUGCUAUAAAAGAUUUCAAAUGUCUUGAGUGUUAUUGGUUCUACAUAGAACAACUGUCUUUACUAAAGAACCCUUGAAGAAGCAAAGUGAGAACACAAAACUGCAAAGCACCGCAGCCCUCCUGGAAAAAUUCAGAAACAAUGCUGGGUGCCUCCACAAGAGGGCAGCAAAAACACCACAGUAUUCAGUGCCUCCACAAGGGGGCAGCAAACGCAGUCGUUUCUUUUUGAAAGCUGAGUUAACUGAGCGGCUGAGAACGUUUCAGUGAUUUUGUGCAAAGCAGACUGUCUGCCAAACGCAAUACUUUACUCGAAAUGUGUUCAGGGGCCAAAAACGCGUCUUACAGUCCGGCUGCCAAUGUGUCAGUCAGCUCGGAAUUAAAGAGCAGCACAGGAACGCUUGGCUUUUACUUUCUGGCCAAAGUGAUUGGGUCUGAGGAGCCGGGAAACCGCUGCCUAAUCAGUGAGAGAAGGGUUAGCUGGUCAUAUGCCAAACGGCACACGAACGCCAAUACACACACAGAGAAAAGCCAUUUCACCAUUCAAUCACAACUGCAUGAAGGCCUCACUUAUGCAAACGCAACAGAACAAAACGUUUAAAUGUGACUGAAUAAAGGCAACAAAAGGCAAAGAGGUGGACACUGCACUGUAUUGAGUAAUCAGGCCUGGGCUUUAUUGUUUAGGCUGCGUUUCAUAUGGUCAGUCUACACAGGGCGGCUGUGAAUUCCCCACAAACACAAUUAUGCAAUGACUGAUUCUUAUUCUUACUGCACUCUGCGAGACGGACAUUUGUGGGAAAA